AAGGUCAUCCCAUUAUGUGAAAAUGGUUAUGAUAUUUUCUAUUCUUUAUCCAGGCCUACAUGUUUAAAUAUGACUCUACUCAUGGAUUAUUCAAAGGAAGCAUUAAGGUUGUAGAUGAUUCAACCAUAGAAAUCAAUGGGAAGCAGAUUAAGGUUGUGAGUAAAAGGUAUAUAGCUAUGAACUUCAACUGCACAGUUCCUAACAAUCCAAAGUUCCAAUGCAGCAACAAUUGCAACAGAGUGGAUCUAAUUUGCUUCCAUCUCAGGCACAACAACCACAACAGCAAAUUGUGUCACAGAUUCAGUCACAGUCGCAGAUGCAACAACAGUUGGGUUUGCAACAACAGCCAAAUCCACUACAACGUGAAAUGAGGCUUCAACCAUCAGGUCCAAAUGUAAUUGAUCAGCAAAAGCAGUUAUAUCAACCAUAAAGACCUCUUCUAGA